CAAAAUUUAAUAUUUAAUAUUAUCUUUUCAUCUUUUUCUUAAGACUUCGUCCUGUUAUAUCUUUAACUAAACAGUCUAAAGAAACUAUUUUGUUAAUUCUGGUAGCAAUUAUUUUGUUCACUGAGGGUAGUUUGUUAGCUUUGUUCUCAAACCCUCUCCUUUCUCUGAGACUUGAAUAAAUUAAUAUUAUUAUAAGAUAUAAAAAUGGGUGAUACAAGUAACGAGUACAAAACAUCGAUCUUUGAUGCUGUGGAAUUACAAGUAAACGGAAUAUUAAAUCCUACGAUACACGAACACAGUCUUUUGCAAAGUUUUGUUAGUGUAGGAGGAAACAUUGAUAAUACAGAUGUGAAACAAUCUAAUGAAGAAUCUAAAAACAUAAAUAGAAAAGCACGUGCUAGACAUUGUCUUGGAAAAAAUGAAGAAAACAAUGAUCUUGAUAAUCGAGAAACGGAUAAUGGCGAUACGAAUAAAACGAAAAGGACGAAUAAACGAAUCAAGGAUAAAAUUGAUACAUCUUUUAUAGAAGCUCAAGUACAAAUGCAGAAAUCAAGAUUGAAACAAAGAAGCAAUAAUGCUCCACGUCAAGAAGAAAUUUAUACAGAUAAAGAUCGUGCUGCUGCUGUUAAUAUGGGUAGCAAGGAUAUUAAACAAUCCUUAAAGCAAAAAAAACGACAAGACCGCGAUAAAAGUCCAUUACUUUCGGAUACUGCCGAGCCAGGUUCUGUUCUAGAAUUAGGAAAACGUGAAAUGCGACUUGGCAACGUCAAUGCCGCAUUUAAUUUUAUAAAUAAGGCAUUGGAGUUGAGUCCUAAUGAUGCUAAUGCGUUGAUAGCACGAAGCAAAUGUUAUCUUCUAUUGGGUAAUCCACAAAACGCAUUGCAGGAUGCUGAAACUGCAUUGCAAUGUAAAUUAAAGGAUUCAGUGAACGCUCGUGCUGUAUAUUAUAAAGCGGAAGCUUUAUAUUAUCUUGGUGAUUUCGAGAUGAGUCUGGUAUACUAUUACCGUGGAAUGAAAAUGCGACCAGAGUUUGGACAAUUUCGAUUAGGAGUACAAAAAGCGAGAGAUGCAAUACGUAAUAUAUUGAAUCAUGGUUAGGAAAGAUUAUUAUAAUAUAAACGUAUGAAAAUCUAUAUAAA